UCUAUUCUAAGCUAUCUGUCGUGUUUACUCGCGUAGUCACGUACCUACCUACAACUCGCGCCAUAGCUCAGUGUGCUGCCGGCAGCGUACGRAACAGGAAUAGUGGCACACCGAUACAAAAUACGAUAGAAAAUGGGAAAAUUAAAAUACUUGUUGGCCGCCUUAGUCGCAUUUGUGCUAGUCGUUUACCAGAAAACUUCCAUCGACAUUGUAGAGCCCGAAACAAUGCCCGUGGACGUUUGUUGGGGAUCCAAUUMCGGCCGCGCGAAACACCGUAGCAACGCCAAAGAAAUUCGACCAUUUGUGAUAAACGUCACGAACGAAGUCAUCGCGGAUUUGAAGUACAGGUUGUCGAACGCCCGACCGUUCACAAAGCCGUUGCGGAACGUGAAUUUCGAGUACGGCUUCAACGGCGACCACUUGGCAAAGAUCAUUGACCACUGGUCGAACCGUUAUGAUUGGACAGUCAGACAGACGUAUCUCAACUCUUUGCCACAGUUCAAGACCAACAUUUUCGGUCUGGACUUGCAUUUCGUACACGUGAAACCRCCUGCACGAACCACGGCCCGGACGAUCCCGCUGCUCUUGCUUCACGGGUGGCCCGGUUCCGUCGUUGAGUUUUACAAAAUCAUUCCAAUGCUUACCACACCGGUCGACGGUUUAAAUUUCGUAUUCGAAGUGGUGGCGCCCUCGUUACCGGGUUACGGAUUUUCAGAGGCGGCUGCCCGGCCUGGUAUGGGUCCGGCGCAUAUGGGCCAAAUGUUCGUCAAGCUCAUGGAGAGGCUCGGCCACGAAAAGUUCUACAUCCAGGGCGGCGAUUGGGGAUCAGUCAUAACCGAAGCGAUUUCGAAAUUAUUUCCUGAAAGGGUAUACGGCAUGCAUUCAAAUAUGUGUUCAUCGACUACGUCUAUGACACUAAAUGAAUACAUUAAAUUGUUUUUGGGGACGUACUGGCCUUCGAUAAUCGUCAGCAAUGAGAAUGAAAAAUCCCGGACUUAUCCGCUGAGCAARGUGUUUUUUGGGUUCCUCGAAGAAUCCGGGUACAUGCAUAUACAAAUGACCAAACCCGACACAGUGGGAGUCGCUCUGAAUGAUUCGCCGGUCGGCUUGGCAGCUUACAUCUUGGAAAAAUUUUCCACCUGGACAUCCACAAAUUACAAAAAUCUACCGGACGGUGGACUGUCUACGUUCAAUACGGACGAACUGUUGGACAACGUAAUGAUAUACUGGGUGACUGGUUCAAUGACCACGUCGAUGCGCGUGUACGCGGAGUUCGCSAGUAACAAAUACCAAGCUCUCCCUCACUUAAAGGCCAACGUUAAAGUUCCAGCGGCCUGUGCUAUUUUCCCAAACGAGAUGCCGAUAGCGUUAGCAUUGAAGAACAUUUUGAAUCGUAAAUUCAAAAAACUGAUCAGAGUUACAGAAAUGAAGGAUGGUGGACAUUUUGCCGCGUUCGAACAACCCAGACUGUUGGCAGAUGACAUUUGGUCGACGAUUUACGAGAUGGAAAACAUAAGAAUAAACUCAAUUUAACAUUUUUAUUUAU